GGCAAUGCUGCCGCAGCCUCGGCUUGGCGGCGCCUUCGCUGCCAUCGCUUUGGGCCUCAGAUCGAGAUUUCGUUGUUAUGUCCGAGCCGCUAUGGCGAAGAGCAAGUUCGAAUACGUCCGGGCUUUCGAAGCGGAGGAUAAAUGUUUGCCCAACUGCUGGAUCGUGGUACGGUUGGACGGACGCUGCUUCCACCGUGCGCCCAAACAGUGAUGGAAGAGAUGGAGGAAAUUGUCCUUGCCUAUGGACAAAGUGAUGAAUACAGCUUUGUUUUCAAAAAGAAAACCAACUUGUUUAAGAGAAGGGCAAGUAAAUUAAUGACUCUUGUGGUCGCCAAGUUUGCAUCCAGCUAUGUUUUCUAUUGGAAGGAUUAUUUUAAGGACAAGCCCCUCUUGUAUCCACCAGGAUUUGAUGGACGUGUUGUGUUGUAUCCUAGUGACCAAAAUCUAAAAGAUUAUCUCAGUUGGCGACAAGCUGAUUGUCAUAUCAAUAACCUCUAUAAUACGGUAUUUUGGACUCUUGUGCAGAAAGGUGGCCUGACACCAGUACAAGCCCAAGAGAGACUUAAGGGAACCCUUGCAAAUGACAAGAAUGAGAUUUUAUUUUCAGAAUUCAACAUUAACUACAACAAAGAACCUGAAAUAUAUAAGAAAGGAACUAUUUUAAUAUGGAAGAAGGUAGAUGAAAUCAUUAAGAAAAAAAUUAAAACAGAGGAAACAGAAGAGAAGGAAAUUGAAGAAACCAGGACAAAAAAUAGACCAGUUCCUUUGCAUUGUGAUAUUAUUGGAAAUGAAUUUUGGAAACACAAUCCUGAAAUCCUGCUUGAUAAGAGGCUUUAGUCUGAACCUAUUGGGUAUAAUUUAUUUUAUAAGGACUGCAUCAUGGUGGAAAAAAUGUAUUUUGUACUUUGUAAUAGCCGUUUUACUUCAGUGAAUGAAUGAAAAAUCCAGGUAUUGUUCAUAAAU